AUCUGGCCCCCUCUGCCAGCCUGGAGAGCUUUGAAGAAGGAAAAUGUCUUCUGAACCUUUUUGUCUGUCUGCUCAGACUAGGUUUGAUUCCAAAUGGCUGAAGACAGAUUUACAGCUUGCUUUUACACGAGAUGGACUCUGUGGCUUAUGGAAUGAAAUGGUGAAAGAUGGCGAAAUUGUGUACACUGGAACAGAAUUAGCACAAAGUGGUGAACUACCUCUAAGAAAAGAUGACAGUACUGAGUGCCAGGCAGGAUCAAAGAAGGAAGAACAAAAUGACAAAGAAAAGAAGGACGAAGAGGAAACUCCACUACCUACUUGUAGAGCUAAAUCAAUUGUUGAGAGCUGGGUAUGGGGCAAACAGCCAGAUGUGAAUGAGUUGAAAGAGUGCCUGUAUGUGCUGGUGAAGGAACAGCAAGUUCUAGCCACGCAAACUGCCACAACAACUCUUUCGGCUCUGCGGCUGAAACAGAGGCUAGUUGUCCUGGAACGAUAUUUCAUUGCAUUGAACAGAACUGUUCUUCAGGAGAAUGUCAAGGUUAAGUGGAAAAGCAGUAGUAUUCCUCUGCCUUCUGCAGACAAGAAAAGUUCUAGGCCUGUAGGCAAAGGUGUAGAAGGACUUGCACGAGUGGGAUCCAGAGCAGCACUUUCAUUUGCAUUUGCAUUCCUUCGAAGAGCUUGGAGGUCAGGUGAGGAUGCAGACCUUUGCAGUGAAUUGUUACAAGAAUCUCUUGAUGCACUCCGAGCAUUACCAGAAGCAUCCCUUUUUGACGAAGGGACUGUAUCAUCUGUAUGGUUGGAAGUUGUGGAAAGAGCCACUAAAUUCCUAAGGUCUGUUGUGACUGGGUAAGUGGGUUGUUUGUUUGCUUGCUUGCUUGCUUGCUUGAACUGGCAUUGAAAAGCUAAUUGAAUUUUUAACAACUGAUGGCUAGCAAAAGUAGUUAGUGGUAAAUUGAGUAGUUUCCUUGUUGGAUACCCUGGCAUCAAUCAAGCAAGAAACAACUGUUUCUCUCAUAUCACUUGCUUGUUGUGCAUUUGUUCUCUCUCUAGUCCAUUGGAGUGAGGUUGUUUUUCAUAAUUCAAAGGAAAUUGCUCUGAUAUAGUGUGCUUAGCUAAUAUAAAUGGACUGUUUUAAUGUUCAGACUUGGCAUCUGCAUUGAGUUGCUUUGUGUGAAAGUGAAUGAGAAUUGCCUACUGAACAACACAUUGUCUUUUGUUUAAAAGCACCAAAUAAACCACAUUUAAAUGAAAGUGGUCAAUUUUUUUUGAUAAAAUUGAGAUGCAAAACAGAAGUUGGGAAGUAAUUUUAAUACAAGACCUGGAUUAAAAACUUUUGCCAACACAGCUAUGUCACU